AUUAGGUUAAUACUCAAUAGUUUCGACUUCUUCUCUUUUAAAAUCUUUUAAAAACAUAACAUAGUUCACUCCAAGGGUCCAGUGUCGCCGGCGGAUUUGGUUCUAAAGUCUCAUGGCCGGACGACAACGCAGUGUGAGACAUUUCUGUGUACUAAUUUACUAUACAAUGGCACACUCUUAGAGUUAGUCCAAACGACGCAAUGUACUAGAAAGUGAUAACAAAGACAUCUAGGAGCAUUCAUUAAUUAUUACGUGAGUAAUUUCUAAUUUGGGGGAUUCAGCUCGAAGCUUACCCUUGCAGAACUCGUCAAGUAACUAAUGGACGCCCUAUUACAGGGAUUAAAGAUUACGUAUAUCUAUGUAAGUAAUAAAUUUGGAUAUGGAUCUUGAAUCAACCACGGGUCAAUGGCAAAAAUAUUAAACUUAAUGUGUAUAAACUGUUAUUUAUGUUAAUAUCGUGUAAUAUAACGCAAAGAAGGUGUAUAUUUCCGUAAUUAAGUUACUUAAAUAAAUAAGUACAUCAAUUGUUUUAUUAAAAUUUAUUUUAUUACUUUUAAUAACUUUUAUUUCUAAUUCCUUGCGGUACUACUGACUAUCAUUACUAUGUUUUAAAAUUGUUCUUAAAUUUAUUUCUGUCUUUCUUAGAUUGGCGCAUAGUAUAAUAAUGUUGUCAAUAAUUUAAGGUAAGGCCUAAAGAAGUAAUACUUUCACAUUGCCGGUUUUCGACUUACAUUGUGAUACGUCUUUAGGCAAUCUUACCCUACACAUUGUCAAUAAUACUAACAGUGUCAAAGGUUAUCGCUUAGUGAGCUUAGGGAUUUAAUAUUUAUAAUGGUAUGAUUUAUUACAGAUACAGAGUAUGAAUAUUAUGAAGUAGCGGAAGAAGAUCCAACCGAGGCAAUAUUCAUUGAAUCAAGGAAAGGCAAAAGUAUACUGCAAUACAACGGUUACAGAUUCAGAAGAGGCUACAAGACUAAAAAUGGCGUCCGUUGGAUAUGCUCGACGAAAAACACAUGCACAGCUUUCGUGUAUCUGAAUGACAAUAACGAAAUUUUGAUGACGUCCAAGAACCACAAUCACCCAACGCCUAAACGACCAGCUGAUAAUGUCAUUGAAGAAGAAGGAUCUAAUAAUACAGCGGUGGUCAUCACAUCUCGGAAAGGAAAGGAAAUGCUCCUGUACCGUAAGUACACGUACCGCAAACAGUACACCACCAGUGAAAAGUGUCGAUGGGUCUGUUCCACAAAAAAGAACUGCCAUUCGGUAGUGUUCACUGACAUGAAUAACGUUAUAACGUCGACUUUUGAGUCGCAUUCCCAUGAUCCUCCGAAGUACUACCUCAACCCUAACAACCUAUUAGGGGCUAUCAGAGAACGUUUAGUUCUUGAAGUGGAAUAGCGAGCGAUGGAAAUAAGCAGAGAUUAAGAGAAGAUGGAAGGAUUUAAGAAAUCUUGGUUUCAAUAGAUAAAUCCCAGCAUGAUAGACUAUUUUUGUGUCCGGACUGAACUGACUGACGAAAGAGGACUGUUGCCAUAUUUAAAAACCUUUUUAAAUGCUUGUGUAUCAAAUGGUCAUUCCCUGAUGGACCUCCAACUUUUUUAUGGAUUACCAAAUUUCAGAGUCUUAAAGUUAUUGUCACCAGCAACUGCAUGCACGCAGUUGACCUCUUACUAAGCAACAGACCAGUCUGGAUUACAAUAUGGAUUUAUCGUGCAAGAAUCAAGGUCAAUACAAAAUGCUAAAUUUUAUUCCUAUAUACUGUUAGCUACGUGGAAAUAUAAAACGCUGUAUAAAUUGGCAUUAAAUAUAUAAAUUAUAAUAGCUAAUAAUAAGAUAUUAUAUGAUGAUCUUACUUAAUCAACAUUUAUCGCGCAAAAUAUUGGUUUAAAGAUUAAAUGUAGUCUUGUAUAAAUCAAUUUAAAUUCCAACUUCAUUAAGACAUUUAAUAAUCUAAGUUCAAAUUGUUAAAUAAAUAAUGUAGUAAAUCAGUCGGUUUCGAAAACCCUAUGUUGUUAAGUAUUAUAUUGUAAGACAUAAUGACAGAAUGUGACAUUUUUAUCUGACAAAGGUAACAAUGUUUUAGGUUUUGCGUUAAAUUGUACUUUAAUUUUAGUGUAGUAGAUUUGCUAUAUAGUUUUAGAUACUUACAUAUUUUUCUUCACGCAAAAGAGACAUGACUUGACCUCUCCAAGGCAUUUGGUCGUGCUUGGCUUUACUUUUCAGUUCAGGUUUAUCGGACCAAUUUAGUGGGUUUUAUAUUUUCUAAAUUGGCUCAGCUUUAAUAAAUUGGCUGAAUGUAUCAUGACUUAGCAUCAGAUGAGAUCGUAUUUAGAUUGAAGAUAGAAUAAAAUACAAAUCUUAGUUUACAAGCAUCUUCGAAACGUCGAUUUUGACUAUUUGUAGAGAACAACGACUCGUUUAAUAAAAUAAAAGAGUCACGAUUUAUAAAAACUCUGAAUAUAAAAACAUUUACUCGUAUUGUAGUAAUAGAUGUUCUCCGAAUAUCAUUAAUUAUAGUUAGAAUUAAAUUACACUUUGUUAUUUAUUUAUCGUUUUGGUAUAUUAAUCGAAAAAUCAUGUCUUUUUAUCAAAAAUGUAUGUAUAUAAAUUGCUUCGACAUCGGCAUUUGUGUUAUAUAUUCUGUAUUUUCAAAAUUUGUUUAAGUGAAUAUUGAUCAAUUCAAUUAUUGUAUAUAUGUUUUAGGCGGUGAAUAUUUUUUUAGUAAAAUUUAUUGUUUUUGAAAAUUAUAAAUAUAUAUUAUUAUACUUUACUGUUGCGUGAAAAGUUACUACUAAUUUGCAAUUAAGACUAUGAUCAUCAUCCUAUGUAUCUAGUUUAAUAAUAUGUUUACUGUAUUUAUUAAAUUCUACGUCUUACUUGAUCAUGAACCACAUAAAUAUAAUAUCAAAAAGUGUUACUAAGAUAUAAUGUUAAUGCAUAAAAAAAAUUAUAACCUAGCCGAUCCUAGCAUUAUAAAAAGUUAUGAUUAGUAUAUAAUAAUUAGCAUAAUUCUUUAGCUGUAUAUUUCUUAAACUUCUAUGUUAUAUUAUUUGUAAGCUAAACAUAAUAUAACUUUAAAAAAAACAAUCGAUUUUUAGCAAUUUAAUAAAUUUUGCUAAUCUAAUCAUUUUUACAACAUAAAAUCAUAUGAUUGUUUUUUAUAUAAGUUGCAUAAUAAUUGUAUCUCAUAAACUUAAGUCGAUAAUAAAGUUUGCUUUCUUUUUACA